CGACCACGUGACCGCCGUGCGUCCCCGGCGCUCGGGAGAGAGCGAAAGACGAGGAGAGAGAAAGAGAGGAGUGACCAGAUCGCAGCAACAACUGGCCGAGGUUCAACAAGCGUAUCCGGAGAAAUAGGGGUCCGGCGCAACUGUACUUCAACUCCGGUUUCCUUACUCUUUCCUCUGUGCAGAAGAAUAGUGGGGGGGGGGGAAAUGCAAUAUUAAAAACCCCGAGUUGGGCGCUUAAGAAUCAUGGUUUCGGACUGCUCGUGAGACUUCUCAGCUCACGCGCCAGGAAUGAGACGACAGCGCUCGGGGUCCGCGAUUCGCGCCAGUCGGAGGGGGGGGAACACGGAGGGCACGCGAGGCGGUCGUUGACGUCCACACGUGAACUUUCCUGCUUCCGUAGCGCGGGACAUAACUCAUACUCGGCGGCACCUGGACGGUUUGAAGCUUUUUUUUUUUUUUUUUUUCCCCCCCCUCGGCGGACACGCGCUCUGGAACUUCGACGCGACUAGAGAGUGCACGGAACGGACGCGCGUCUCGCGAGCUGCGCGUAGCAAUCGGGACGCUUGGGCUCGCGCCGCGACUGUUUCUGCCCGCGAGCGCAGUUCCUCGAGCUCACCGCUCACAAAGCGUCCCUCUGCUCAACUUGCAGCCGAGUGCGUGAAGCCUGCGACACGGCCGGUGAACCCACGCACCGACGGCUCCUCCGUGUCCCGCCUGCUCUCUCGGCCGAGCUCGCCUCAGAUUUACUCAGAACUAUGAUAUCUCUCUCUGUCUCGUUCCGUUUUUCCACGGCUCUGGAGUGAGCUGUGAGGUUUCGGUGCGGAGUGACGUGUUUUCUGUCACGCGACGGUGGAAUUGCAGCGGGAGAGCGCGUUUUACGCGUUUUUAACCACAAAUCCCGUGGAAGUCUUUCGAAGUCACCUAGUCUGCAACUUUUUCCUCACAGAAGUGGGGGGAGAAGCAUCUCGCGUGUCUGUCUCCCGUUUUGCUGGGCGCUCGCUCGCUCCCUCCGACUUGGUUGGCUCCCCGUCGCCGCUUCGUCAAUCGGGGACACCCGCACUGCCUCGGCGUCACCGUCCACGGAUGAAGUUCAAGGACCGCAGCUCUUAAAAUAAAAUCCCCGCCGCUUGUUCUGUGCCACGGAAGAAGAAGUCGGGAAGGCGAUUUCGCGAGCGAGCGAGCGCGGGCUUUUUAUCUGCGCCAACUGGGAUUUACUGGGAUGUCUACCAUGUCAGCUGCGCCCGCGUGCAGCGCGACACUCCUGCUGGCCGCCGCCGUCAUGCUCCUCUCACUCGUCACAGGUAAAGUUCUGCCCACCAACUCAGACGCCCUUCUUGCUGUGUCUGCUGCCAGUGCUGUCUCCAUCCCACCCAGUGUUUACCUUCCCGCCAAUUUCAAGCUCUCCAGUGCUCAGCUGGCCUUCUUCUUGCGGGAGGUCAGGCCAUCUACACAAGGAAACCAGUAUGGACACCCUCUGCAGCGCUCCGAGAGCUUUGUAGUCUUCCAAACAAAGGAGUUGCCAGCGGUCAACAUUACCUUUGGACCUUUUUCAAAAGAUCAGACCCUCUCAAAAGACCUGCUUCAGCCAUCCAGCCCCUUGGAAAUCCCUAGCAGGCUUACAGUCAAUUGGAAGGUCCGAGCCUUCAUAGUGCAGUCCAAGGUGUACUCCAGCAACCCCAUUGUCCAGGUUCUCUUCUACAUCGCAGGUCGAGAUUGGGAUGACUUCAAGGUUCUGGACAAGCUCCCUUGCGUCAGGCUUCAUGCAUUCAGGGAUGUCCGUGAGAUUAAGACAUCCUGCCGGUUGCGGGAGAAUCUGGCCCAUUGCCUUGCUCAGCUGGAUAUCCCGGGGAAUUGGUUCAAUGCCAACGUGGCUCCUCUGGGCAGACGGAAGGCCGUGGAUGGGUUGGACCUGAGCGGCGAGACCCUUCAGGCGGAGCUCUACUACACUGUCCAUGACCCAGAUGCCAACGGGGAAUGCGGUGAGAGCUACCCCCGCAGAGGUGGAACCAGGGGGGAGAUGCCUACACAACAUCCACUGCUCCGCAUUGGGAGCAUCAGCCUGUACCAGCCCAACCAGGAACAGAUGGUGGUGGACAAGCAACUGGAUAAGAACAUGUUCCUGCGGUUGCCAGAGAAGCCACUGAAGCCGGGCGAAACGCUUAGCAUCUUUCUUUUUCUGGUGCCCAACUCCACCGUUGAGCAGUUCACACUCAAGGUGAAGGCAAAGAAAGGGGUGAAUCUCAUGAAAACGAGAUCCAAAAGCCCACAGUGGAAUGUUAAAUUCGAGGUGCAGUCUGGGGCCAAGCACUCUACUGGCACUGUGGAAGUGAGCAAGAACAAAGAUGUGAAGCUGGGGUGAGUUGGGAUGUCACCCGCCAACAUUGAGAUCAUGCAGCUGGACUUUGAGAUGGAGAACUUCACCAGCCAGUCAGUAACUCGGCGAAUUAACUGGAACAUCGACUACCGUGGGCAGAAUCCCCCUCCUGAUUCAGACAAGGUGGUAACGGAGCUGACGGUGGUUCAGAAGGACAUACAGGCCAUCGUUCCUUUGUCCAUGGACACAGAGAUCAUCAACACGGCAGUUCUGACGGGCCGAACUGUCGCCAUCCCAGUCAAGGUUGUUUCCAUAGAGAUGAGUGGGGCCGUUACUGAUAUUUCCUCAUCUGUGGAGUGCAAGUCCUCUAAUGAAGACAUUGUUAAGGUGUCCAUGAACUGUGACUACGUGUUUGUCAAUGGGAAGGAGACACGGGGGUCCAUGAAUGCCAGGGUGGUCUUCAGCUACGAGCACCUGAGCGCCCCCCUGGAGCUGACUGUGUGGGUGCCCAAACUGCCCCUCCAGGUGGAGCUCUCGGACAGUAGGCUCAGUUUCAUCAAAGGCUGGAGAGUGCCCAUCCUGCCGGACCGCAGGACCACAAGGGACAGUGACGAUGAGGACGAAGAUGAUCGGAGGCUGAACCGAGGCUGCACCCUCCAGUACCAGCAUGCCCAGGUCAAGGUGCUGACGCAGUUUCACACCACUUCGACCGAGGGCACCGACCAGGUGAUCACCAUGCUGGGACCCGACUGGCAGGUGGAUGUCACGGACCUGGUGCAGGACUCACUCAAGGUGGUCGACCCAAGGGUGGCAGAGCUGGUGGACCGCACCAUCCUGGCUGGCCUGGAGAUUGGGAGUACCACACUUAAGGUGGAAUCUCCACUAGCCAUGGAGGCUGUGCUAGGAGAGGUGCCUUUCUCUGUUAGCGAUGACAAGGUGUCCAUCCUGGAGCUGCGAGUCCAUGCCAUCUCAGGGCUGUCCCUGGCACUGCAGUCCAGCCCUGGCAGCAGUCACACGAUGGUAGCUAAGGCAACGGGCUUGCAAACACUUUCUGCACCCAAACAGGAGGCAAGUCUAUCCAUCUGGGUUUACUAUAGUGACAACACAGCAGCUCCUCUGAGUAUUUUCGACAACAAGGACUACAAUCUCAAUGCUUCUACGACGGAUGACAAGAUCGUUACCGUGUCGCAAGAUCCGCAGUCCCGGUGGCCCGUCGUCGUGGCCGAAGGCGAGGGGUCCGGAGAGGUGGUCCGCCUGGAGAUGACGAUCUGCGAGGCUUGCCAGAAGACCAAACGCAAGAGUGUCAUCGCCUCCUCUCCGGUGUACGUCAGGGUGCGCUUUGGGCCAGAGGAAGACUCGGAGGAAGACUCCGAAGGCAUGGUGACCAACCAGGGUGAGAACGAGGAACCGCCCAACACCCGGAGACCAAUCGUUGACUCCAGUGUGGGCGGGAGUUACGGUGCAACCAACGAGCAGCCUGCCAGCGUGCCCAUCGACUACACCAAUUUCCCAACCAUAAGCAGCCAGGAGCGGCCUACAAAUAGAGAAGAGGAGGCGGAGGAGGAGGAAGAGGAGGAGGGGGAGGACGACGAGUUUGUCCACUCCACCCGCAAUAUGACUGACCUGGAAAUCGGCAUGUACGCCCUUCUGGGGGUCUUCUGCCUGGCCAUCUUGGUGUUUCUCAUCAAUUGCAUCGUGUUUGUGCUCAAAUAUCGCCAUAAGCGUAUUCCACCAGAGGGACAGGCCAACAUGGACCACUCGCACCACUGGGUAUUUCUGGGUAACGGCCAGCCCCUGCAAGCCCAGAAUGAUCUCUCCCCCCAGCAGGUGGAGAGCCCCAGCAACCCACUGGAAGGGGUGCAGACAUGCUGCCAUGGAGACCACCACAGCAGCGGCAGCUCACAGACAAGCGUACAGAGCCAAGUGCAUGGCCGAGGCGAUGGAAGUUCAGGGGGGUCCACCAAGGAGCACAGCGAAGAGCCCAAUUCCCCCACCUCCAAACGGAAGCGGGUCAAGUUCACCACCUUCACGACGCUCCCCAACGAGGACAUGCCCUACAACUCGAUCCCCAUAGCCGACGAGGAGGACAUUCAGUGGGUGUGUCAGGACAUGGGUUUCCAGGACCCUGAGGAACUGCAUGACUACAUGCGUAGGAUAAAAGAAAUAGCCUAGUGGGAGAGACAUUAUGCCCACUGAGCUUUCCUAGAACUUUUCUUUCUAUAUUUCUCUUUUUCACUUUAGAGGAGAUACCUUUUCACAAACCAAGGCCAACUUCUCUUCCGUAUCUUUUGUUUAGUUUCUCUUCACACAGUGCUGUUUCCCAUGCGCAUAUUCACUUCUGGAACAGAGAAAACAGCAAACGGCAACCAGAACACCAAAGUCCAGAAGAGUUUGACUUUGUCACUUUGCAGGUACGGCUUUGUGCGGACACAAUCCCCUCCUAAACAAAACUGGAGCAGACCCUCAGUGCAAAGAACAGAGACUUUCCUGCACCAAUCCUUGCUGAGAAUAGGUGCAGCAGCCUGUUGCGGGUAGAACUGUUCGCAGGAGAAAGGGGUUGAGUCCUGGUUCUGUGUUUGUUAGUCUAUUUAAAAAAUCAGAAUACCUUCUCGUACAAAGAGGCCUUUGAUGUGCAGGUCAGCAAUUCAGAGAAUGUUGGGAAGGAUUAUUUAAGCAUGGACAAACUGAAUUUAAUCUCAUCUUUCAGAGACACCGGUACCGUCGUGUUAGGGAUCCUCUCUUGCCAGGAGAGGGAAACACUCGCAGCGGAUUUUUUUGCCCUCCUGACUUGACAUUGAUUCAGUUUCUCACGUUGUUUUUCCCCGAUCCACAUGCAAAACUUGCAAGGUACUGCAGCUAGUCCUGUCAAAUCUUGAUGAUGUAACAUUAAGAGUCUCAAAUUGCCUUAUUGAACUCCACUAGUAAACAUUGAGUGUUUAUUCUUAUCUCUUAUACAUUUAUCCAUGUAAUGGUCAUUAGCAACAUCAGGAAACACAAGAGCUUGACAUCACUCAUCUUUCCCAACAUUCUUUGCAUGGAAGGAGAUCUUUGAGGCACAAUCAGCAGUUUUUUUUUUUUUUUCCAAAUUUGUAAAUGUUUGUAUUGUAAUAAGUAUCUAAUCAUGCAUAGACAAUAAUAAAGGACGUAUGUUAUCAUGCAUUACAUGCAUGCAGUGUCAGCUUGGCCCUACAGCUGCCCCCCUGACUAUGUACAUACCAUAACGUGGAGUUACACACAUACACUCAGUAGGAGGCAGGUUGCAGUUAGGUCAGUCAUUUUAUUCAUAGGUUUUCUGCUGCAGAUCUUGCUUUGUCGUACCAUUCUGCAUUGAGCCCUUUUACUGCAGUUAAGGAGCUCUCCGAAUAUUUAACAUCUUACACCGCAUUGUAAGCUCGGUUUGGAUCUCAGUAUUAGCUUCCUAAGCAGACUAGAUGGAUGUGCCCAACUGUUGCAGCACUCUUAUUGUUCCUUGUUGCUCUUCACUCAGCCAGAUCUUUAGUUGUAUUCAUGACCUCAGUUGCACCAGUGCACAUGCCAGGAGAGGAGCAUUUGAACUUUGAUGUGCUUGUUCAGAAACCUGCGCGCUUGGAUUUUAACCGGAUGCAUUUUGUGUCCUGUGUUCGGCCGUAAUGACGUAAAACAGACGCUGACAAUGCAUCCGAACGAGCUCAAAUUUAACAGUUGCACAACCAUUAAAUCACAGAAUUCAUUACAUAAUCACGUAAGGAACAUUUUGAAAGCAUCUGGAUAACACCGGUUUGUUGCAAUGAGCUGAGUGUUCACUGAACACACAUGUCUUAAGUAAUGAGUACAGAUCCUUCAGGAAAGUGCAACUUGAAGUCCCCAUGUUGCUUAACACUGCUUUACAUCGGAUGACAUAUUGAGGCUUCUCAGAAUGGCCAGUGUAAAUCUCCAUUAAAUGAUUCUACUGCCUUUAUAAAUAAAGUGAAAAUGAAAACCGCCGGGUGCCACUUAGAGCCAACAUGCUCAAGUUGUGGUGAAAAUGAGUAGAAUGUAUGUAGAAAGGAUGACAGCUAAUAGGACUGUGGUUCUAGAAAUUUUAAUGACUAGAUGUUGAUAGUUAAGUUGAGCACAGACUCAUUGCAAGUGACGGGGACUUUUGAGCAGUGUGUGAAAAGGUGUUAGAACAUCGUGGGAACCAAAGCUCACGAUGCAGUUUCUUUGUUGGAAAUUCUGUCUCUUCCUGCUCUCAGACUUGUACAAGUGAUUAUGUCUCUAGGAGAAAAGCAGACAGACACAUAGUGAUACAAUCCCCCCACCGUCACCCAAACAUAUUCAUCACAUGUAUCCAGGGCCUGCAUUUGCCUAUGUGUACAACUUUCACUUUCUGUUCCUGUAGCAACACUGUGCAUACAUUUUAAUUUCUGUAAUCAAACUGCUUUACCUCCCUUAUUACUGUGAUGCCUUGACAGCGACAACAAUAAUGUUCGAUGUAAAUUGGCAUUUUCCUGCCGUGCGUCUUCGGUAAUUUGGCUAACUGUCUGCAAAUAAUUAAUCGAUCCGUCUUCAUGGCAUUUUGUCCACAUAUAAAGGCGAGUCAUCUUUAGAGUCCUAGCUAUACAGAACUUUAGGAGGAAAAGAAGUAUACUGGACAUUUUGUCCCCGAUCAAAGAUUUUUGUUUUGCGCCCAAAGUGUCCCAACCACCGAUUUUAAACGAAAAAUAGUGUCUCAGGAUGAAUGUAUGAAUCUCAACAGUACCUUGUUCCCAGAAUGGGUAUUCUGUCUGCUGUGUUGAUGUGCUCCAUCCAGUGGAUUCUACAGCUUAACAGUUAUUGUAAAGUUUCUACUAGCAGCUUUUAAAUGUUUUUUUUUUUUUUUUUUUUUUCCUUUUAUCACUGUCCCUUCAGUGUCAGAUACAAGUAACAUUUCAUCAUUUUGCUUAUUUCUACAUUUUUGAUCUUUUCAUAUUUUUACCUUUGUGUAAAUAUGUAUAUGCAGACCACUUUGGUAUUGUGAGAUUCCAUCGGUGAUGUCCAUAAGUAUGCUUUUUGUGUACUGCGCAAGCUGCUACUAGAGACUUUGCCUUUGCGAUGAGAUACCCUCAGCUGUAUCCUUUGGAGACCGGCGCAAGCAUGGUUGUUUGUGGCAGCUCACUGCUGCCAAAGUGAACGUGUUCAUGUACAGACCACUGUUCAAUUCUCCUGUAUUCUCCUUAAAUCCCUUGUACUU